CCCUGAGCACCCCCCCAAAGAGGAAUCUCCGCGUGGAGCAACAGCGUCAUCGCAAUCGCAGCUUUCCCCGGAAAUCUUCCCGCGAACUUAUUGUCCUUGUACGAUUGGAGUUGUUCACAUUUAUCCCCUUGCCUUAUCGACGACGGUUUCGAUGUGACAUCCCACGUUCGCUACAAUUAUACCCUUUCAUUUUUGGAAAAUCUAUCUAUAGACAUUGUCACUGGAAUGAAAUGAGCGGCGAGCCUUGUCGUCCGGGGCUACAUCCGCUUUCACAUCUCAAAGCUGGGCCGACAACGUCCAGCUCCAAGUCAACAGCUUCGGCAAAUGUGCGGCCAUCUUCUCGGGCUUCACAUAGACCCCGGCUACAUAAGGCCUCUAGCCGGGAUACUCAGACUGACGCGACGGGCGACAAGGCAACUGCCGCUUUAAUCCGUCGCGUCCUAUGUUCCCAGCCGAGUAACUUCGGAGGCGCACCAACGUCACUGUCCCCGGAAGAAUUGUUACCUCCACUUACAAGCUCGAAUGAAGUGGAUCGUGAGCUGUAUGCCUUGAUCGCGGUUAUCAUUAAAGAAUUCGUCUUCUCCUGGUAUUCAAAAAUUACAUCGGAUCAGGUUCUCGUCAGCGAAGUCAUCCAGGUGAUUGCGCAUUGUACGCGAGCAGUGGAACAGAGACUGCGCGACACUGAUGUUUCACAGCUAGUUCUGGACGAGAUACCGACUUUGGUUGAAGAGCAUAUUAUCUCGUACAGACUAGCCAGAGAACAGUCUCAGCUAUCUGGUCUUACCUCCCCUGCUCGCGAGAUCUAUCAUAGUCUUAACCCUCAUCCGAGCCUUUCUCCAAUCCCAGACCCGACGGAUACCCACACCGUCACCCAGCAAGCCGAUAAUGAAGCCAGAUAUAGACAAUUAUUGGUGAGCGGGGUGUUGGCUGUGCUCCUGCCAACAGAGGAUUUAAAGAAUGCCUGCUUGCGGACGCUAGUUUGUGAUAUCUUGGCAGAUCUAAUCAUUGGAAAUCAAGUUAGUGGGAAGAUGUGCGAGGGGUGGUUCUUGUGGGAGAGUGUCACAAAGCUGAUUGACCUGGUGGGAAGUCACCAGAGUCAUGAGAUUGAUGCAACAACAGCAGUACCACAUAGAAAGAAUCAGUUACAGAAGUUCAACCUGCUAUCUCCCCAGGAGGACUUCCAGGAACAUCAUUCGUCGUCAAGUGUCCAAUUGCGGGUCCCAGAUUGGGCGUGGAAAAUCCUUCAAUUCGCCUUCCUAGCCUACGUGACCUUACGUUUCAUUGUGACGGGCAUUUUUCGCGUUGCAUCCACUCCAGUGACCUCGUCGCCUUUUACCGGCAACGCAAUCGAGGCGUCCGCUUCAUGCAACCCUCCCCGGAAGCGUCCCAUUCUCAAUUAUGGACUAUACGGCAUGUUUUCGCAACUACUAGAUAUUCCCCGGCGGAUGCCAUGGUUGGGAGGGCUGCUGGCACUCUUUCAAUACUUGAUCUUAGCAGGUCCAGGUCGAUUAGGUGACACUGAUAGUGUUCUUGACAGGUGAGUUGUACAUUUAUUUUGGGUGUCUUUUUUCUUUUCUUUUUUUUUCUUUUUUUUCAUUCCCUUUUCUCUCAUUCCCGCGAAGUCACCUGUGCUUCUUAUCACUCGUUUAUCAGAUGAGACCGGAGUAACUUUAGGAGGGCGGGACUUUAACUGUGGAGAAGCGGUACGGUUCGAUAUCCGAACUAUGAUCGACGCUGGUACUGGAAAGUACCCUUUCCUGUCAAGGCAUCUAAGACGAGUCAUUGGAAGAUGGUCGAGAAGCCCAGCGGGACAACGAUGCAACUGAUGCGCAUUGCUCGCAUGCUGCAACGAUCACUUGAUCUGGGUGUGGAUGCACAGGCCAUCCUUCAUUUUCCCAGUUUCUGACCCUGAUUCGCCCGCUGGGCCCCUGCACGGCCGUACUGUCAUUACGAGGUGUGACCGGCGCGUACUGGUAACUUACUGUGU